ACAAAGAAGACGACGAAUUAUUCAUUUAAACUAUACUAGAUAGAUAGCACAGUGAUAUAAAAAUAAGCAAACAACAAAAACAAUUGACCUUGGGGCCUGGGUGUGCGUCAUGGCAAGCCCAAAUAUUAAUUAUCGCUCCUUGACUGAGGAGCAAGCAAAUCCAUUUCGCGAAGCACAAAUACGCAACGAGCCACCACCAGCAACAACAACAACAACAACAGCAACAACAACGGCAACAAUAACAAAAGCAGACGACGCAAAAACAUAUACAGCUGCUGCGCAUUUAGGUGGCCAUGCGUCUGACCAUGACGCAGAGCAGGAACACGAGGAUACGCCACACAACAGCGGCAUCAUGAUACACAUUGUGCCCGAGACGGGCAGGGAAUCGCAUCGCUGGAAUCAUAUCGAGGAUCUGGACUCGUUCUUCUCCCGCAUGUAUAACUACCAGCAGAAGCAUGGCUUUCGUGUCAUCGUGCUGGACGAGGUGUUUCAGGUGCUGGAAUUCGGUUUUGUUGUCUGGCUGUUUACGUUUACGACGCACUGCAUCCGGCACGAUGUGCUGUUUGGCAACAAGCAACCGGAUCCGUUGACGAAUCGCACCAAAACGCUGCUCAGCGAUGUUAUCCUGUCGACGGGCGAGUGCGUCGCCAAAUUUGGCUUCUUCACCUACCUGAUCAUAUUCAUAGCGGCCAUUUAUCUGGGCAUACGGCUGCUCAAGAUGAUCUAUCACAUCACACAGUAUGCGGACAUAAAGCGUUUCUAUAACACGGCGCUGGGCAUUGAGGAUUGCGAUCUGGACAAUAUCACCUGGCACGAUGUACAGCAGCGCACGCGCCAGGUGCAGGCGGAACAGCAUAUGUGCAUCGAUAAGGAGCUGCUCACCGAACUGGACAUUUAUCAUCGGGUGCUGCGCUUCAAGAACUAUCUGGUCGCCCUUAUGAACAAGCAGCUGUUGCCCGUGCGCUAUCAGUUGCCGCUCUUCGGGGAGAUUGUCUCGCUCAGCCGUGGCAUGCUCUUCAACAUUGAUUUCAUACUCUUUCGCGGACCUGGUUCACCGUUUCAGAAUAACUGGCAGCUGCGGGAUGAGUUCGCCGUUCGCAGCAAUCAAACGGAGCUGGCCCAGCGUUUGUCCAAGCUGAUUUUGGGCGUGGCCUUGGUCAAUUUACUGCUCGCUCCGGUCAUAUUUCUGUGGCAGCUCAUCUACUUUAGCUUCUCGUAUGCGAACAUUUUGCGCAAGGAGCCGAGCGCCUUGGGUCUGCGCACCUGGUCCAACUAUGGACGCCUCUAUUUGCGGCACUUUAACGAGCUGGAUCAUGAGCUGGACGCGCGUCUGAAUCGCGCCUACGAGUAUGCGGAUCGCUAUUUGAGUUCGUUCUCCUCGCCAUUGGCCGCUGUCAUUGCCCGCAAUCUGCUGUUCGUGAGCGGCGGCGUGCUGCUUUUGAUCCUGGUCUUUGGCAUAUACGAUGAGCACGUCUUCCAGGUGGAGCAUGUGCUGAGCAUCAUUGCGGUGCUCACCGUUGUGGGCGUCAUCUGCCGCACUUUCAUACCCGAUGAGAAUCUCAUCUGGUGUCCCGAGCAGCUGAUGACCGCCAUAUUGGCCCAUGUACACUAUCUGCCCACGGAGUGGAAGCAGCAGGCGCACACGGCCCACGUGCGCAACGAGUUCAGCAAUUUCUUUCAGUUCAAGGCGGGCUAUCUACUCAGCGAGAUCUUCAGUCCGAUUGUGACACCAUUUGUGCUCAUCUUUGUCUUCCGGCCGAAGGCCAUGGAGAUUGUCAAGUUCUUCCGCAGCUUUACAGUCUCUGUGCGCGGCGUGGGCAACGUGUGCUCCUUUGCCCAAAUGGAUGUGCGCAAGCACGGCAAUCCGGACUGGCAGGUCAACAACAGCGGCCUGGCUGACUUGGCCACUGGCCUGGGCAACGAACAGCAGCAGCGUAGCUUGGCCGGCGGCAAGACGGAAAUGUCGCUGGUGCGCUUCACGCUCAACAAUCCCGAGUGGCAAAUGCCCAAGGAGGCUACACAGUUCAUUAAGGGCAUACGGGAGCAUGCCAUCGAUGAGCUGGUCAAGGCGAAAAUGUCGCCGCAGGCGGCUGCACGCGACAAUCCGCUCACGCACAGCCUGAUCUCAUUCGGCAACAUUGGCGAGGAGUACUCCUCCAUUGUCAAUUCCGUGUUGGCCGCCGAGGUGAGUCCGGCGCAACUGCAGCUCUCCCAGUCGCUAUCCGCCAGCCGCGGCGAGCCAGCUGUCGCUGGCCUCGGCGCCGGGUAUGUUGCUGGCAGCGAUUUCCGCCAGAUGCUGCAACAGAAUCUGGGCGAGCCCAUGAGCAGCGCCAGCUUCAGGCGCAUGUCCACCAGCAUGGGUCCGGCGGACAGCAUGCGGCGUUUGCGUCUCAGCAAGGCGGAGGGCCGCAUCGAGGGACCAUCGGACUCGCUGCUCUACAGCCUGUACGGCGUGGAGCCGCGUCUGGCCAAGAAUCCCAUUGGCGUUACGGUCGCGGACAUGUGCCUUAGUGCGCUCUACAUGCACGAGCUUAGCCAGCAGAAACGUUUGGCGCGCCAGUCGCGCAUCGAUGAGGCCGAGGAACAGUUGCCGGGGCCAAGUAAUAGGCCGCCACGCCCACAGCCGCCGGCGAGUGGGUCGCGCCAUACCGUAAUUACCUCAAAGGCUGCCGAGAGCACGCCGCUGCUGGGCAACGUGCGUUCAUAGCAGCGACCCGUCUGGAUCUAAUUAUCCUAGAGCUUAAGGAUAACAUUAACUAAAACAAAUAACACGAACCCUGCUAUUAGUAUUUAAGUUGUAAAGUGUGUGAAUCGGACGAUGUCUAGUACAUAGCUAAAUCUAAUACGAAAAGCAAUAAAUUAACUGCGUCAACGAA